AUGGCUCAAUACAGAAGCAUAAAGCUAGGCUGGUGGUCAAAGGCUAUGCACAAAAGCCUGGAAUUGACUUCAAUGAGACUUUUGCUCUUGUGGCCAGACUUGACACAAUUAGAACUCUCAUCGCUUUGGCAGCUCAAAAGGGGUGGAAAACUAUACCAAUUAGAUGUCAAGUCUGCAUUCCUAAAUGGUGUGCUUAAGGAGGAAGUUUAUGUAGAUCAACCAGAUGGAUUUGUGACUACAAAUUAA